AUGUGUGAAUUUAGGGAUAUAGAUACAGAAUAUGGACAGCAUUGCUUCUCGGAGACUACAAAAUCUUUAAAACUAGGUGGCGAGUCAGACGAAAGAAUUAUUCGCAGAUUCUACCCUCGAGAGAUUCCCACAUCAGAACUAGAAAGAGAUGAGAAAAUUAAUUUUGAGAAAGGAUAUUUGAAGGAGGAACUGUAUGAUGAAGAGUAUGUGACUGAGGAAGAGCUUAGGGAAGAGGAUACUCCAGGAAAAUUCAAAAAUUAUGUUCAGCUUCCUGGCAUUGGACAAAGUGCCAAUGAAUUAAAGGGCUGCAUCCGUCAGUUUGUACAGAGAAAUAAUAACGGAGAUGAAAGACUAUGGCACACAGACAAACGAGGAAUUUUUGGGAAAAACAUGAAUGCUGAGAAACUUGUCUGUGCAGACCGUUAUGAGCAAGAAACGAGUGAUCAAAUUGACAGCUUUCACUGCAUGCCGAGUUCAGGUAAGCCAGCUGUCGAAUAA